CAAUUUACCUUUUGCCCCUCUCCAGGAGUAUCGUAUUACGUCUUUGCCCUCUUUCUAUAAUAAUCCCAAUCCUUCCCCUUCUCUCCUUCUUCACUCUUCAUUUCACUCUCUCAAGAUCUAAUCCUGAAAUCGAACGUCGACGCUAAAUUAGAAAAAGAAAAUUGAGUGAUUUUUUUUUUUCUGAGCAUCAAAUGGGUCAGAUCCAAUACUCUGAGAAGUACUUCGAUGAUACUUAUGAGUACAGGCAUGUUGUUCUUCCUCCUGAAGUGGCAAAACUUCUUCCCAAGAAUCGGCUCCUCUCUGAAAAUGAGUGGCGUGCAAUUGGAGUACAGCAGAGUCGUGGUUGGGUCCAUUAUGCUAUUCAUCGCCCUGAACCACACAUCAUGCUCUUCAGGAGGUCUCUCAACUAUCAGCAGCAGCAGGAGAAUCAGGCCCAGCAAAAUGUGAUUGCUAAGUAAUUAUGUUAGUUAUCCCUACCCUAAAAAUAGAAGAACCAAAAUAGUGGUUUCUGUUUAUGCCCUGCGUAAACAGUUUGGAUGUUCUGGAUUGUUUUGUGUUGUAGUUCUAUACUAUGGAGAAUUUCAUGUUUGGCUUGCUUGUUACUUUCUUGAUCUGAUGAUCUAAUAUCAUUGGUACUCUGCAUCUUAGAUAUAACAUUUAAAAAUGUUUAAACAGCAUGGAUGAAA